AUGGCACCGUCAGCUACCGGAUCCGAAACCGUCACUCCAGUCCCAGUUACCCCAGGGAAACUCGGGCAAGCCAAGCCCUGGCUGAAGAGCACCGGCAUCCUUGACCAAUAUGAAAGCUUCGAGGUGACGCCAGUUAUAGGGCGAGAAUAUCCCCGUGCGAACUUAGUGUCAUGGUUGAAUGCCGAUAAUUCAGACGAGUUGCUCCGUGAACUUGCACUCACCAUUUCUCAACGUGGAGUCGUCUUCUUCCGUGCACAAGAUGAUUUGACCGCCGAUCUCCAAAAGGAACUGGUCCAGAAGCUUGGUCUUCUCUCUGGCAAGCCGGCAACAUCGGGCUUGCACAUCCAUCCAGUUCUCAAUUCCGAGCGCGAGAACUAUCGCGUGUCUGAUCCAGAAAUUAGCACCAUUGAUUCGGAGCUCAACAAGAAACUCUACCUCAACAACUCAAGAAUCGCCCAAAAGAAACAGAAUUCGGGUCAAUGGCACUCCGAUAUUGCCUUCGAACCGAAGCCAGCUGACUACUCGUCCCUGAGGCUAGUAAAUCUUCCAACGACAGGCGGCGACACGCUGUGGGCUUCCGGCUACGAAAUCUACGACCGCCUUUCCCCUCCAUAUCGGAAAUUCCUAGAAGGACUCACGGGGACAUUUGAGCAACCUGGCUUUAUUGAAACAGCCGCUCGAAACGGCUUCCAGAUAUAUGAUAAGCCUCGUGGCGCACCUGAGAAUAUCGGAAAAGAGCUGAAAGCAGUCCACCCGGUCGUCCGCACUAAUCCUGUCACGGGGUGGAAAUCCGUGUUCCCCAUCGGUGGCCACAUUUCCCACAUCAAUGAUGUGACUGAGCUGGAGAGCAAAGCGCUGUUGGACUGGUUUGUGAGGCUGCUAGUCGACAACCAUGACUUGCAGGUCCGAUUCAAGUGGCAGAAUCCGAAUGACAUUGCUAUUUGGGAUAAUCGCUCCACUUUCCACUCCGCUACUUACGAUAUUGAGGGCUAUGGCGAGAGAUAUGGAGUGCGGACUGUGAGUGUUGGAGAGCAGCCGUUCUUUGAUCCCGAAAGUAAGAGUAGGAGCGAAGAUUUGGCCGCAAAUGCUACUGUGGCUGCUGCCAAUUAG